AUGUCAAACGAAAAAUUAGAAAGACUUAUCCGUUCAAAAGGGAGUCAAUAUAUACCUAAAAAUACUUAGGCAUUGUCCCCAUAUGUAAGAUAGGUUCCUAUAAUAAAUGGAUAACCACAUAAUUAUUUACCUAGCUAUUCUGUUUAAAGAAUCCAAGCACAAUCUACUCAUUCUGCUAUGUAAGAAUUUUGAGAAUAAUAGAAUCCAAUAAACAGAUAGAACUAACAUUAAUACUUAAUUUAUUACUAAAAAUCAACAACACUGUUAACCUUAAUCUGUUUCCCCUAUAAGAGUGAUUUAAUUAUCAACAGAAAGAACUUAAUAACCACAAUAGAUCAAUGAAGUACAACAACAUGAGAAACCCUUAUAAGUAGUAUCUAUCUAAGAUAUGGAAAAUAGAUACAAAUAGAAGGUUUUGUAAUUAGAAUAAAUGAUUAACAGAUUGCAGAUAGAGAACUAAAGAUUAAAAAUAAAUGAGUAAAGUCUAAGAUCAAUGGAUUAUAUGAUUAAAAUUGGGGAGUUAGAACUUAUGAUUAAGAAUUUUGUAGUUUAGGAGGAAGGAUAUAAGAAUGAAAUUUAACGAUUAAAUUAGGAAUUAUUUGAAUGUAAAGAAAAUUUUGCCUAAUUAUAAAAAUAAUUAUAAAAUAAGAAUGGGAAUAAUGAAGAAGUUAAAUAAUUGAAAAAAUAGAUUUAAUAAUAUGAAUUAGAUAAUAAAGAAAUGUAAAAUCAUUUAGGUAAUAAAGAUUCAGAAAUAAUAAAAUUAAGGAGUAUUUUAAAUGAAAAAGAAAAUUGGAUCGAUUAGUUGAAUGAUUAAAUCUAAGAAUUUUAAUAAGUCUAAGAAAAUUAUUCAAGAGUAGAAACAACAGUUAUUUCUUUAUAAAGUGAAGUAGAUGUUUGGAGAAAGAAAUUUAAGGAAAAAAAUGAGGAAGCAUCAGAAUUGAGUGAAAAGUUAAUAAUGGCAGAAACUUCAUUGGAAGCAUUGAAAAAGAGAUAAAUUUCUUAAAUAAAAGAGGUUAAUAUAACAAAGAGUAAUAGUAAGACUAACAAUAACAUGAUUUAAUCAAUAGAUACUUCAAGUAGAUUAAAUAGGGGAUCUCAUUAUUCUUAAAGAUAAUAACUAUGA